AUGAAAAUAGCAACACAAUUGACAGAUUUGGGAUUACAAUAUAUAUUAACAAUUUUAGAAAAUGAAUCAUACGCAAUCUUAUUUAGAAAUGAUCAUUUUUCAACAAUUUGGAAGACAAACGACGAAUUAUAUUCAUUAGUUACCGACUUGGGGUUCAAAAGACGUGAAAACAUUGUUUGGCAAAAAAUUAAAUCAGUAGAUGGCUCUCAAGAUAUUUUCUGCGAUGGAAUGUUUGAACCAAUAAAAUUCACAGAAGAACAAGAACAAGAACAAGAACAAGGACAAGAAGAAGAAGAAGAUACCUCAAGGCGAACUUUAAAUGAAGAGGAAAUUCAUCAAAUUGAAAAUGAUGAAUUAUUAGCGAAACAAUUGCAAGAAGAUGAAGACCACCACAUCGGUAAUACUCAGAAGGAAAAAAAAAUUCGAGAAAAAUCAAACAGAAAACAGCAAAUAAAAGUCAUGUAUCAAUACCAAAAUCGCAUAACAAAAAACAAAAUGAACUGCGGCCAGAAAAAAAAGUAA